UUCAGAGCAUAAUAGAAAGAGAACCAGAAAAAGGGAGGGAAAAACUGAGAGAGUUAGCAGAAUUAAGGGUUUAAAAUACAAAAAGAGAAUAUAAAUCCCAUCCAUGUGAACUUGUGAUCCUUCAUGUUGUUGUGUGUGUGUGUGUGUGUGUGAGGGAUAUUGGUUGUGAGUUAUUGUUAAUAAUAUCUUGUCAUUACCGCAUAUAUUCCAUACAUUCUGUAUCUAACUAACAUGUACUCUCGUCUCCUCCCUCCGUCUCCCUGCAGGUUCGGACGACAUGUUGGGGCCGGAUCGCUUCGAGGGCGUGGCUAACUUCAGCACCUUCCUAUUGGACAAUGUGUCAGGCAUGUUGUUCAUGGGCGCCAAGGACGCCAUCGUGGCCGUCAACACCAACGACCUCAGCCGGGCGCCGACAGUGAUCCGAUGGGAUGUUCCGGAAGAUAGGCGAAAGUCUUGUAAGGCGAAAGGCAAGACGGAGGUGGACUGCAACAACUACAUCCGCCUGCUGGAGAUACUGGACGACGAUCGCAUCUACGUGUGUGGCACUUACGCCUUCGAUCCACAGUGUGCCUUCCUGGGCCGUACCUCCCUCUCCCUGGAGCGGGAGGACCAGGAGGUGAGGAUGGAGACGGGGAAGGGAAAGUGUCCCUUUGAGCCCAGUCAGCACUACACCGCCGUCAUGGCAGGAGGCAUAUUGUAUACGGCCGCCACCAGCAACUUCCUGGGCACCAUGUUUGACAUCUCCCGGGCAACGGGACCCGAGCAGGGACGCAUCCGCACGGAGCGAUCCAUCAACUGGCUGAACGACCCAGAGUUUGUGAGCGCGUCCUUCAUCCAGCAGGACCCCACCAGUGAGCCGCUGGGCGACGAUGACAAGCUCUACUUCUUCUUCACCGAGGUGGCCAAGGAGUACGAGAUGUACACCAAGGUCAAGGUGCCCCGCGUCGCCCGCGUCUGCAAGUCGGACGUGGGGGGCAUGAAGACCCUGCAGCGGCGCUGGACCACCUUCCUGAAGGCCCAGCUGGUGUGUGAGGACCGGCCCAGCGGUCAGCGCUACAACGUGCUCACCGACGUCUUCACGCUGCGCCGCGACCCCAACGACCCCGCCACCACCCAGUUCUACGGCCUCUUCACCUCCCAGUGGGAGCGCGAGGAGCUGGCGGCCGUGUGCGUCUUCAGUCUGUCCGACAUCAACAAAGUGAUGGACGGCCCCUUCAAGGAGCUGAAGAAGACCUGCGAGAACUGGAUCAAUCCGGAACCCGUCCCCAGACCCCGGCCCGGACAGUGUCUGAACAGCGCCCUGCGGGCGGAGGGCUUCGAGUCGUCCCUGAAGCUGCCCGACAAGGUGCUGACGUUCACGCGGGACCACCCGCUGAUGGAGAACAGCGUGACGGCGGCCCCCCUGCUGCUACGCCGCGGCGUCACCUACACCAAGCUGGCCGUCACGCUGGCCGACGGCGGCGCCGGCGCCCUGCUGCACCUCGGCACAGAUCGGGGCGAGCUCCACCGGGUGGCGGUAGUGGGCCAGAACACCACCUUACUGCAGGAGGUCCCUCUGUUCCCCGCGGACCAGCCCAUCAACAACAUAGUGCUGCACCAGGGCCAGGCCCUGGUGGGUACCCCCCAGUCCCUGGCGCGGGUCGCGGCCCAGGGCUGCGGGCUGCACCCCAGCUGUGAGGUGUGCGCGCGGGCACGGGGGCUGGGCUGCACCUGGACACCACCCGGCCACGGAGGGCCCCACGACGGGACCUGUGGACCGGCCCCGAGCGGGCCCGGGCCAGGGGACAUGGUGGAGGAAGCCCUGAAGAAGUGUAACAGCAGAGAGGGCCGGUGCACUCCGGCAGUGAGGGAGCUGCGCGUCUCCCUGGGCCUGCAACUCCUGCUGCCCUGCGUCCAGGUGUCCCCCCGGCCCUGCUCCUGGACCCACCCCCCCCAGAGACACACCCGGCAGCACCACUCCCACCUGGAGGUGACGGUCAGUGAGGAGAGCCUGGGCACCUACGUCUGCACCUGUCAGGAGGCGGGGCCAGAUCGGGGAGAGCCCACUUCCUGUCGUCGGGCGGCCUACGAUCUGGUGGUGGCGGGGCCGUUCGCCGGGGGUGCGGUGGCCACGGCGGGAAACCGCCACCUGCUGGCCAUCUACAUCCUGUGCUUCUGCCUGGGCCUCGCCAUGGGCACCUUCCUGCUCUACUUCCUGAGCCGGCGCCACCCGCUCGGCCUGCGCCUGGCCAAGCGUUCGCUGUCGUCCGACAAGGGGCGGGACCUGCUGGGCUCCUCGGCCACGCCCCAGUCCCCCGGCAGCGCCAGCCUGCUGUCGGACGCCUUCACGCCGUCUGAGAAACGCAACGGCACGGCCAUGACGUCGCUGCACUCCACGCAGGGCAACGGCGGUCCCCACGGCAACCACAGCUACAGCAGCAACCUCAUCAGCAACAGCAGCAACGCCAGCAGUAACCCCGGCAACGGCCACGGGGAGCCCGUGUACUCCAACUACGAGCGCAACGCGAGCAUACUGCCGGCCGACCGGCUGGACGGACGGACGGGGGAGAGGGGGAGGGAGGGGGGGGAGGAUGUGGACGAGGGGCUGGGGGAGGGGCUUGGAGACUCCAUGAGAGGUCUGGAGGAGGAGAUGGCCAAGUUCCCGCUCUAUAAGUCGCCGGCACCACUGGCGAGGUGCGAGGAGAGUUCGAUAUGAGCCGGGGGGAUUCUUGCGUAUGGUUACGAAAUAAAACAUUAGGAGAGGAUCCCGGGUUUAAUUUAUGGAUCGGAUGCGCCGUGUCGUACCUCCGGACUGAGAGCGGAGCGGGAAGAGGAUGCAAACUAGCCGCCGCGGCGCGGUUGUAGGCCUACUGCGCAGCGGCGAGCUAUGAAACUAGAGUCUCUAUGUGAGAAAUGUAUGCGGGAUUGAUUCCAAAGCACGUAUAUACAUGUAUGUGUGUGUGUGUGUGUGUGUGUGUGUGUGUGUGUGUGUGUGUGUGUGUGUCUGAUCAAAUAUAUUAUUACAGCGGAGGGAAGAUAGUCAGAUGAAGAAUAGGACCUUUGAAAAAUAAUGAAAAGAAGUUAUCCAGGACGACACGUGAAGACGUAUGUGUAGUGAGGCACUCCAGUGGAUAUGUGAAAAAAACGUAAAUGUAAGAUGUCAAAGAAGAAAGCUUUUUAUGUUUUUCACCGACGACAUUCGCACAUGAAACGGACUUGACGUGUUGAAUGGGAAGAGAAAAGACAAUAAUCAAAGAGGAAAAUGUCUGCAUCUUCACAGGCAUGUUCACAAAGAAGCCAUAUUCCUUACGUGUUGUCUUUGUUGUUGUCGUGUCCCUUUUGUGCCACAAGGGGGCCAAAUAAGUAGCACUUUGAACCACUGGACGACACUUCUCCGAGGCUUGUCUGAAACGCAUAUUUAAUUUUUUAUUGCUUUGUGAUGUUUUUUUCUUGAUGUUUCUCACCGACAUGAACGCAACUCCGCGACACCUCCCACGAUCCCGGGCCCGGCGUCGACUAAAAGGACAAAAGAUCGCCCCCUACUGGUGAAACAACGAUAAUAAUAAUAAUUGUAUUUUGUACAAUUGACUGCGAUGACCCGAUAGUGGAUCGAUUCGAGCUGAUUGGAGCCUGCAAUGGAGGGUUAGAUAGUUCUAAUCGCCAUGAUGUCGCCAUCGGGCUCUUCGGAAGCAAAUACGAUUGCGUGGUCAAGGUUCACGAACGACAGACCAGGAGGGGCCCUUGGGAACUUGAUCAUGUGUUUGACAUUUGGGUGCAAAGGCCCUUGAAUGCCUCAUGCAACUUGACCCAAAUUCACCACCUCAUGCUCUGUACAACAAGUGUACUAAACAAAUAUCUAAAAGAUGUCUUCUGUAUCGUUUUUGUCAUGUUUUUUUUAAUAAAACGUUAAAAACUGUUACUGAACACACGGUUGUCCCUACAUUGAUCUGGUAGCUGAUCCAAUAAUUCAAAGGGAGCCUAUACUGCGCUUUGCAAUGAUCACAAGAACAAGUUGACCUCUGACCUUUGAUGAAUUAUGAGACUGAAAUCUUGUAAACGCUAGGUUUUCACAGAUAUUAUCCAAGGGUUUAUUCAGGGACAUUGAAGAUUAUUCAACGUCCUGAAGCAAUAUCAUCGCAAACCUUGAUCUACGACCAUCAUAGAGGUUCAUCCUUGAUCUGUCUUUUGCACUGUAACCUCCAACCAUACCAUUUAACCUGACUCUGGGGAAUGGGAGAGAGCUGUUGGCUAAUUGCCCAGAGACCCUGGUUCAUGUCCUGCUGAUUGACUUUCCUUCAAUUUAUUUCUAAUAUCAUGUGAUUUGUAAAGUCUAGUAUAAUUUCCGAGCUAAUCCUAGCAGGCGUCUUGGUGGUGCCGCGGUUAAGGGGUGUUGGUUAUUGGAUGAUUGUUUGUUGAACAUUGAUCAUUCUCUCAGGGGUGCGGUGGAGAGCACUGUUGGACAACCUCUGUAGACCAGGGCUCCAGUCCAACUGAUGAACUCUUACUUCUACAUCAUGUGAAUUGUAGUCAAGUAUAACUUCCGAGCAAAUCCUAGCCGGCGUCUUGGUGGUGCAGCGGUUAAGGGGGGAUGGUGUACACGUCUAAGUUUCCUUAAUUAGUACAGUAGUAAGUAAGUAACACAUCAAUUCACAUUACGGCGUCGUGUUUAAUAACCCAACCGAUAUACCGUAACGUUGACACACUGCCACAAUGUCUGAUGCGCUUCAAGACAAUAAUCAGUGCAACAACAAAA